AUGGAAGGUCAACCAAAUCUCAACACUAUACUAACAGCCCUAAACCAACUCCAGUUGGAUAACCAAAUCCUUCAUCAGGAAAAUGCUGAUUUUAGAGAUGUCCUUAACCAACUUCGAUUUUUGAACCAAAUUCGCCUUGUUAUACGGAUGCAACCUAACCGUUACCCUGAUGAUCGAACACAAAAGCUGUCUGAGCUUUUGGAUGAUUUUGAAACACUGGUACAAGAGUUUAAACAACUUUUG